AUGAAAGGAACGGCUGUAGUCAUGAAUGCCUCACACUUUCUCUCUGCUCUUGCUUUUGUUCUCCUCACUGGAGAGAGCACAGCUUGGUACUACAAUGCAUCCAGUGAGCUCAUGACAUAUGAUGAAGCCAGUGCAUAUUGCCAGCGGGAGUACACACAUCUUGUGGCGAUUCAGAACAAAGAAGAGAUCAAAUACCUAAACUCCAGUCUGAAACAUUCACCAAAUUAUUACUGGAUUGGAAUCAGAAAACUCAAUAACACAUGGGUCUGGGUGGGGACCCAGAAGCCUCUGACAGAGGAGGCUAAGAACUGGGCACCAGGUGAACCAAACAACAAGCAAAAUAAUGAAGACUGUGUAGAGAUCUACAUCAAACGACCCAAAGACUCGGGCAUGUGGAAUGACGAGAGAUGUGAGAAACCAAAACUGGCUCUGUGCUACACAGCUUCGUGUACCAAUACAUCCUGCAGUGGUCAUGGUCAAUGUGUAGAGACCAUCAAUAGUUACACCUGCAAGUGCCACCCCGGCUUCCUGGGACCCAACUGUGAGCAAACUGUGACCUGUGAAGCACAGGAACAACCUGACCACGGAAACCUGAACUGCACCCACCCGUUUGGCCUCUUCAACUACAAUUCCUCCUGCUCUCUUGGCUGUGAAAUGGGCUACCUGCCCAGCAGCAUGGAGAUGACCAUGAGGUGUAUGUCCUCUGGAGAGUGGAGUGUGCCUGCUCCAGCCUGCCAUGUGGUUGAAUGUGAAACUUUGACCGACCCUGCCCAUGGAGUCAGGAAGUGUUCCUCAAAUCCUGGGAGCUACCCAUGGAACACGACAUGCACGUUUCACUGUGAGGAAGGGUACAGGCUUGUUGGAGCUCAGAAUUUACAGUGCACCUCAUCUGGCAUCUGGGACAAUGAGACGCCAUCAUGCGAAGCUGUGACCUGUGACGUCAUCCCUCAGCCUCAGAAUGGCUCCGUGAGCUGCAGCAACUCAACAGCUAGAGAACUUACCUUCAAGUCAUGGUGCAACUUCACCUGUGAGCCAAGUUUCACGUUGCAGGGGCCAGCCCGAGUUGAAUGCAACGCACAAGGGCAGUGGACACCACAAAUCCCAGUGUGCAAAGGUGAGUAAGAAACCAUCUCUUCUAAGAUUAAAUCUUCAAUGCCACCUCUGCUUUGUGGUUCUUCUGCUGAUACCCCCGCCUACCCUGACCGUCCCUUGGUAGUUGCACUUUCUGCGGCAGGAACCUCACUCCUGACAUUGUCCUCAUUGCUCUACUUGUUGAUGAGAUACUUUUGGAAGAAAGCAAAGAAAUUUGUUCCUGCUAGCAGCUGCCAAAGCCUCCAAUCAUUUGGAAACUAUAAAGUGCCUUCUUACACUAUCUAA